CCUGGUCUAAGACUGACCCAGUGUUUGUUUACUUGCCUAGGAGGGCAGCUUGUGUUUUGCGAUUCUCGAAAUUCACCGAGAAUAUCACCAAAAUCACGGAUAAAACAUGGUGUCCGCCAAGGAGUUGAUAUCCGUGCUUAAAGCUGACGGCUGGAGUUUAGAUCAAGAGGGCAUUGAAAACUUAUUGGAAGGCAGCAACUUUAAUAUUCAACAAGCUACAAAUGAAGUACUUAAUAGUGAUCUGAAAGAUGUUGGCGCUGGUUCUCUCAGUGAGGAUUUGCUCAAGGGGAAGAAGAAUUCAUUGUCAGUCCCCUUGGUACUCCAAGUUGCCAAGAUGAGAAAUGUUUCUGCACCCAAGGCAUUUGAGGAGUCAGGUGGUGCCCCUAGGAUGUUGAGAGUUUCCCUUACUGAUGGGUCUAACAUAGUGCAGGGGCUUGAGGUGCAGAAUAUCAAGACCCUCAGUUUAAAAACAGCACCCGGGACUAAAGUUCGUCUGAAUGGAAAGGUUCCAGUGAGUGGUGGUUUCUUGCUGCUCACUCCUAACAACAUCAGUGUAAUUGGUGGCACUGUUCAAGAACUUUAUGAAAAGUGGAAGCUCUCUGCUAGCGUCUCCAAGUACAGCCGUGGAGUCUGUGCUGCUGAUGGGUCGGGGCCACCUCCUUGGGUCCCAUUUGGAAAGCGCAUUGUUAAAAAUCCCACAGAGAUGCAGAAAUUCAAGUCUUUAAAAGAUCCUGAGGGAAAGGAAAAGACUGAUGGAGAAUUUGAAAACCAGAGGAAACAAGUUGUGAAAGAGUUGUCAAAGGAAGGAAAUAUAAAGGUAUUUGGAGGUGGUAAGCAGAUGCUAGAUGCCAAUGUACAGAAAGUUGUGAAUGCAGGAUUCUCUCUUGAUGUUGCUGAGUGGGCUCUCAGGAACAGCAAGAAUGACCCAGUUAAGGCCAUCAGGGAACUACGAGCUGCUGCCACUGGUCAGCCUUCUCCUCCUGAACGCAACAAUUAUUGGGAAGAGUCUGAAGAGAGAAGUGCAGGUGGACGUCGUGGGCGAGGUGGCAGAGGGCGAGGCAAGGGAAAGGGAAGAGGCGGAGGAGGGCCAGAUGACAGCGAUGAUGAUGUUGAGCCUCCACCCAACAUGCCUCGACCAUCAGGCCCAGCUUCACUUUUUGAUUUCUUUGACACCAAAAUGAUUGAAAAGAAGGAGACAGUAAGUUUUGUGGAGCCUGUUGCUGAUGUGAGAGGUCCUGCUUAUAAUCAACCGGGUAGAGGAAGUGACCGUAGAGGCCGAGGGAUGGGAUACCAAAGGGGCCGUGGGAACCGAGGAGGCUACAGCAACCGGGGGACUGUCAAUGGCAGUGUUACACCUCCUGACAUGACUACUGGAAACUGGCCUGCACCAGGAGAGGAGAGAGCUCCUUCAAGCACCAGAAGCUACCUUGAGAGUAAAGAGAUGAUGGAGGAAAAAGAGAAGCAAGACAACUCAAGAAAGCCUCCUGUACGAACUGGAUCAGGUUCAGCACGAGGAUAUUACUCAAACUAUAAUCAGGAGAAAGGACAGAGCUAUGGGAGAGAGGAUGGGAGACAAAAAGGAGAUGGGUAUUAUGCAAGGGACUCAGACUACAGGGAUGGUGGUGCCAGAGGGAAUAGAGACUAUUAUACACAAGAAAGAGGUGGGCGCAGAGGACGUAGUGGAGGAAACUACAGAGGAAGUGGGAGGGGCAAUAAUUAUACAAGUGGUGGAAGCUAUGGAGCAGGAGAGAGUGGAAUCAGUGGCAAUUACAGUGAAGACUGCAGAGGUGGACGAGGAAACAAUAGUAAUAAUCCCCGCGGUAAUAGUGUAAACUACAGCAAUUACAGAGAUGCUAAUUACAGUGGGGCAAAUGACAGUAGGAGUAGCAGUUACCAAGGUAAUGGAAGUAGUUACAGUGAUAACAGGAAUAGGGGAGACAACAAUGCUUACUAUGGUGGCAGACAUGACCAUUAUAGUAGCAGACAAGGAAGCUAUUGUAAUGACAAUAGCUACAGUGGAGGAAGAGGAGGCAAUUGGAAUAGUGGCAGAGGUGGAAGAUCAACAGAAUACUCAGCCAAAGAACUAGAGAUGAUCCAAGAUUUUCAGCACAGCAUGACAUUGUCUGGACAUUAUCAACAAGGUUAUGACAAGGUUACAAAUUAUGGAAGGAAUGAGGGAGGCAAUGAUUAUUCCAACUUUGUUGGAACUUUGGAAUUCCAUCGCGGUGGACGAGGUGGAGGCAGAAGAGGCCGAGGAAACUACUACUAACAGUUGGUUGAGGCAGGAUAGGCCAAGGAAGUUGCUAAUAACUUUUGGGAUAGUUGUUGGAAAGGUUUAUCUCUAACUUUAAUUAAAAUAGUUGGUACCAAAAAAAAUAUUUGCAGUUCUUGUACUUUUGAUAAAUGGUGAUGCAAUAAUAAUUACUGUAAAUAAAGGUUAUAGUAAUGAAAUGUAACAUUGAGAAAAUUGUAUAUUCACAAAAUUAGUAACGUGGCAGGCGAUUUUUCCAUACACAUUUUAUAGUAUUGUCAAUUGCUGGUAUUUGUAAAAAUGUGAAAAAAAAAAAAUAAAUAAAAAAAAUUAUUGCAUUUGCUAUGACUGUGGUAGGUUUCUCUUUAGUGAAUUUUAUAGCAACUUGGUAUGUUGCCCUUUGGGGGAUAUAAUUGUUUUUGUGUAAUUUAAAACUUACUCAUUUAGAGGCUGAAUUAUCUUUGAAUGCAGGAUAUGUUUAAGAUGCUUGUGUUACUAAAGAUCAAUUUGUUUCAUAUAAA